AUGAAAGGCUCUGAUAUAGCAACCUACACAACUAGAUUCAAUGACUUGGCGGUGCUAUGUCCUAGGAUGGUCACCCUUGAAAGCAAAAAGGUGGAAUGUUACAUCUGGGAACUAUCCUCCCAGAUUCAAGGAAAUGUGGUAUCAGUAAACCCUUCCACUUUUGACACUGCCAAACGCCUGGCACAAACGUUUGUGGAUCUUGGAGUCCGACAAGCCUUUACGACGGCCAUCCCCAAACAAGCAAAAGGGGGAUACAACAAAAAGAAGUUUUGGAACAAGAGGAAGGGCGAAACGGCACUAGAGCUUGCCAAGAAACAACAACUCAUUAUCGUCCACGCUACCACUACCCGUGCCGCUCCAACACCAGUCAGACAAUAUCCUGGGAACCUACCCAAAUGUGGCAUGUGCAACUUUCAUCACUCUAGUGCUUGUCGGGAAAUGCAUUGCAACAAUUGCAACAAAAAGGGGCAUACAACCCAUUUUAUUAGGGCGUCAUCUCAACAAAUCCCCCAGGCCACCAAUGUCGGGGUAAGACAAGCCUGCUAUGGUUAUGGGGAGACAGGACAUUUCAAAAGAGAGUGCCCAAAGGUGAUAAACACAAAUGAUGGCGGUGUGGGGAGAGUUUUGUCCAUAGGGCACGAAGAAGCAAUAAAGGACCCCAUCAUGGUUAUCGGUACGUUUCUCCUCAAUAACUCAUAUGGAAGCAUACUUUUCAAUAGUGCUGUGGAGAGAAGUUUCGUAAUCCACAAGUUUAAACACAUGCUCAACCAAAAACCACAAUCACUCCAUAAAAUAUUCACAAUAGAAAUGGCAAAUGGUAAAAACAAAAGCACUAAAGACGUGAACAUAGGGUGCACUCUAACUCUAAACAACCAUUCCUUUCAAAUCGAUUUAAUGCAUGUUACAAUAAGGAUUUUUGACGUUAUUAUUGGUAUGGAUUGGUUGAGUCCUCACCAUUCCGACAUCUUGUAUUAUGAAAACACCAUCUGA